AUGGCAUCAUCCAUUAGGGACCGCCGCUCCACUCUCUUUACCCUCUCUUCGCUCAUUCCUCUCUUCUUUCUUGCCUUUUAUAUCGGAAGCAGGCAUGAGAGCGCUCCUGUCGAGCUAGCUCACCUGAGUCCCAGGGCAGACAACUCAACUGCUCAGCCCGUCAUCGAGGCCACCACCUCUUCCGCUUUCCCUGCUCCGUCUGGCAACCUGUCCGUCUCGGACGCGGAGGCCCCCUUCGGCCUCGCUGUGCGUCUCGACGACGAUCCCUAUACCUGCGGCCCAGGCCGCCCCUGCUCCAACGGCGCCUGUUGCGGCGCCUCGGGCAACUGCGGCUAUGCCCCUGCCUACUGCGGCGCGGGCUGCCAGUCCAACUGCGACGCCAAGGCCGAGUGCGGCCAGUACGCCGUGAACCCGGGGCAGACCUGCAAGCUCAACGCCUGCUGCAGCGAACACGGCUUCUGCGGCACUACCUCCGAAUUCUGCACCGAGGGGUGCCAGUCUAACUGCAUCCUAGAGCCUCAGCCCCCGGGCGGCUCGCCCAAGGACGCCGCCAUGGAACGUGUCAUAGGCUACUACGAGUCCUGGAGCUACAAGUCAAAGUGUAACCAGAAGUCGCCCUCGGACCUGCCCCUCAAGGAGCUUACCCACCUCAACUAUGCCUUCACCUUCAUCGAGCCUGAGACCUACGAGAUGGUCACCAUGGACAUGAAGCACGAGGAUGACCUAUGGCAGGUGACCGUAGACAGUAAAAAGUACAACCCUAAUCUCAAGGUGUACGUCGCCGUCGGCGGCUGGACCUUCUCCGACAACGGCACCGUCACUCAGCCGCUGUUCGGCGAGAUUGCCAGCACCCAGGCGAACCGUCAAAAGUUCGCCGACGGCGUGGUCAGGUUCCUCGAUAAGUACGGCUUCGACGGCCUCGACAUCGACUGGGAGUACCCCGGCGCUGGAGACCGCGGUGGCAGGGAUGAGGAUACCCCUAACUUCGUCUUGCUGAUGAAGACGCUGCGCAACACUUUUGAUCGGUCGUCCCGCAAGCUCGGCCUGACAUUCACCAUCCCCUCGUCCUUCUGGUACCUGCGCUGGUUCGACAUGCCCGGGCUGUUGCAGUACGCCGACUGGACCAACCUGAUGAGCUACGACCUCCACGGUACCUGGGACCGGGACAACCCUAUCGGGGCCAUCGCGCAGGCACACACUAAUCUGACGGAGAUCAAGCUCGCCACGCAGCUCCUCUGGCGUGUUGGCGUGAAGCCUGAGCAGGUCGUCCUGGGCUAUGGCUUCUAUGGGCGCGCCUUUGAGCUUGCGGAUUCCAGCUGUACCAAGCCUGGAUGCCCAUUCGCCGGCGGUGCCAAGAAGGGCCCUUGCUCCAAUGAGGCCGGCAUCCUCAUGUACUACGAGAUCCAGGCCAUCCUGAAGAAGUUCCCGGACCUCGAGCCGGUGUUCGACAAGGAGGCGGCGGUCAAGUACAUCACCUGGGACAAGAACCAGUGGAUUUCGUAUGACGAUGCCGACACGUUCAAGCUCAAGCUCAAGUGGGCCAACGAGAUGGGCUUUGGCGGUUCGAUGAUCUGGGCCGUCGACACGGACGACGACAAGUUCACGGCCAUGAGCGGGCUGAUGGGCCACCAGGUGGCGCACAUCAACACCGAUAAAGUCGAGGCUCUGGAGAUGACCAGCUCCAACUUGAUCGAGACCAUCAAGCUGGAGAACGGACAGGGCUGCUACGUGUACAAAUCUGACGGCUGUAGAGAGGAUGGACACUUUGCCUGCCCCAAUGGCGAGAGCCUGGUUGCCGUCGACAGGCAAGGAUGCGGCUCUGAAGACAGCAGCAAGGGCAUGCCGGUCUGCUGUCCCCGGGACUCGACAAGCUCGUGCACCUGGCGAGGCACGCCCGACGACGGUGGCGUCUGGGGUGACUGCAACGGGCAGUGCCACACUGGCGAGACUGCCGUUGUGUCUUCCAAAUGGGGAGGCUCUCCCUCGGCCGACACCAAGUGGCCGCGCAAGAACUGCGCGCGGGGGUCCAAGGUGCUCUGCUGCGAAGCCCCCAACUUCAAGAGCAUCGUCAAGGACUGCUAUUGGACGGGAUGCAUCCAGAGCAAUGAGUGCUCCUCGACGCACACGAAGGUGGCGACCAAGACGGGAGCAUGCCCCUUCAGCGUCGUGCAGAGUUACUGCUGCCCCCGGGACACGGGACUGUACGAGUGCGGGUGGCGCGGCACCUCGCCCGACUGCGUUGACGGCAACUGCAAGGCCCUGGACAAGGACAACAAGCCCCUGUACGAGGUGCAGAUCGACAGCCACGCCAGCGGUGACUCGUACAACGCCUGCAGCUGGGACCGGGAGAAGGCGCUCUGCUGCAAGGUCCGGGUGGAGGUGCCCAAGCCGUUGACCUGCACAGUCGACUCGUGCAUGCUCGACUACAACUUUUGCUCGCAGACCAACCGCGACGACUGGGGCAACCACAUUGAGCCGCGCGAUGAGGACAGCGAGACGGGUGUAGCUCUGGCCGAGGCGGCUAAUGCUCAGAAGGGCCCCGGGGUAUCGCUCGUGAUUCGGCAGGAGGAUGGCGAGUUCCAGAUCCUUAACAAGCGCGAUUACAAGUGGCUGGCGUCCUUCGGCAUCGUCAUUCUCCAAGAGUCGCUCGCAUACCCUCCGCCAUCACAGCUCAUGCGCAGGCUCCGGGAGGGUUUGGUGAGGGUGCUCCGUCGGUGGGCGACGCAGUCGGACCAUUGCGGCGACCCGGGGAUCGAGGCGCUCGACAUUGACCUGGACAACGACGCGCCUCCUCCCGACCGAGGGCAGGUAGAGCACACGAUUCCGCUGGUCAUUGUAGGGCGAUUCGCUUCAGUGGCGGAGCACGGUCGGAUGUGGGCGGCUCGGCCGGCGGGAUACGUACGCGAAGACGGCACAACGGUGGGACAGGCUCAUCCGCAGGGGAGGCUUACGACGGCGCGGCGGGUAGGCAACCAGAACUUCUGGCAGAACAUAUGGGGCGACCCGGCGGGGCUACCGGCGAAUUUGCCCCGGGUGACGCCCGACUCUCCUGAUAUCCGGCGGCCGGUGGGGCGGCUGUACGAGGCGCUCGGGUCGACGACGCACCCGACCGAGUUCACGUUCUUGCAGGACAACAUCAACGGGGUCAAGGGCCGUGUGGAGAUAUUCAACGCGCCGAUGGGGUCGAACCUGUUUGGAAGGUUCCUCCGGGACGCGGUGGACCGUAGCAACGACUCGCCGCUGACGGACAUCAUGUCGUUCAUGGCGCCGCUCCGCGAGCUGGUGGCCCUGUUCGGGUACCUGCGGGACGACGACGUGGUGACGAGCAUCGACAACGGGGCAGCGCUGUUCCUGGCGCAGCUGCAACAGCUCGAGCUCAACCUGCCGGACGCGCGCGGUCUGUCGGCGCAGUGGAACGAGUUCUACCCGUCGUACUUUCGCAUGGUGACCGAGUUUGCGCGUACAUGGGCGCGGGCGCGUAUCCGGCAGGUCAGGCGGGUGUACAACAGCCGCAACAACCUGAACGCGCAGCACAGGGCCGAGGUAUUGGCGGAUCUGCAAGAGAUUGAGAAUGACAUUCCCAACUGGACGCACCCGGCCGAGUGA